AUGGCUUCACAUAAAGAAGUACGAGAAUUAUUGCCUAUUUGCUACGCAGACAACAUGUUAUCAGAUGAAGAGUUUCUCGUUUUGUGGGAAAAUUAUGAGUCCAAGAAUCCCGAUUUUCCUUGGGACACUUACGAUCUGUUCACGCUCGUAAACAUGGAUGAAGCUGAGUGUAAGGCAGAAUUUCGUGUUGAAAAAAAUGAUCUCCAAAGGCUUGCAGAUGCCUUACAAAUUCCAGGAACAUUUAAAUGCCACCAAGGAACCGUUUGCGAUGGAAUGGAGGGACUAUGCAUGCUGUUGAAACGACUGGCAUACCCUUGUCGUUUCAGUGAUAUGAUUUCGCGUUUUGGAAGACCUGUUCCUGAGCUAUGUAUGAUAACAAAUCGAGUGAUGGAUUUUAUCUACGACACCCAUGGCCACCGCAUCACUCAGUGGAAUCCUGCUGUGCUAAAUUCUGGAUUUCUUGAACAGUACGCUGCUGCCAUCGCAGGUAAAGAUGCCGCACUAGACAACUGCUUUGGGUUUGUUGAUCCAAACCGGGUGAACAGCAGAGGAUUGUGUAUAAUGUGCAUAAAAGGGUUCACGCCCUGA